AUGGCAGACGCUGCUCCAAGCACUGCGAGGGUCGAGGAGGAGCCCAAGCCCGACUCGAAGACCUUGCAGAUCCUGCGGGAUAUGGCGAAUCGCCUGCGCAUCCACGCCAUCAGGGCUACCUGCGCUUUGAGCUCCAGCCACCCUGCGUCCUCCAGUAGUGCUGCCGAGAUCAUGGCCGUGCUGUUCUUCCAUACCAUGAGGUAUAAACGGGAAGAUCCGAAUAACCAAGACAAUGACCGUUUUGUCCAUUCGAAGAGGCUGCCGUUUGUUGAUGUGGCAACCAGAUGGUUUGGGCAAGGACUGGGGGCUGCUUGCGGGAUGGCAUAUACUGGCAAGUACUUUGACAAAGCCAGCUACCGGGUGUACUGCCUCUUGGGAGAUGCUGAGUCCUCGCAAGGCUACGUCUGGGAAGCAUUGGCUUUUGCUUCCCACUACAGUCUGGAUAAUCUUGUGGCCAUCUUCGAUGUCAACCGCCUGGGCCACAGUGGUGCCUUGCCCCCCGAGCACUGCAUAGAUGUCUAUCAGAAGCGUUGCGAAGCCUUUGGAUGGAAUACUUACGUAGUGGAUGGCCGUGACGUGGAGGCUCUGUGCCAGGUAUUCUGGCGGGCAAAUCAAGUAAAGAACAAGCCCACUGCUAUAGUUGCCAAAACCUUCAAGGGUCGGGGCAUUCCAAGUGUUGAAGAUACAGAAAGUUGGCAUGGAAAGCCAAUGCCAAAAGAAAGAAUUGAUGCAAUUAUCAAACUAAUUGAGAGCCAGAUAGAGACCAACAGGAGCCUUGACCCAAAACCACCUAUUGAAGACUCGCCUCUUAUCAGCAUCCUGGGUAUAGAAAUGAUCUCUCCACCUGCUUACGCAGUUGGAGAGAAGGUAGCUACCCGGAAAGCAUGUGGUUUGGCUCUGGCUAAACUGGGCCAUGCGAACGAUAGAGUCAUUGUGCUGGAUGGUGACACCAAGAACUCCACCUUCUCAGACAUAUUCAAGAAGGAGCACCCUGAGCGGUUCAUUGAAUGUUUUAUUGCUGAGCAAAACAUGGUGAGCGUGGCGCUGGGAUGUGCCACCCAUGAUCGGACUGUUGCUUUUGUUAGCACCUUCGCUGCCUUUUUGACCCGAGCAUUUGAUCAAAUCCGGAUGGGAGCCAUCUCUCAAAGCAGCAUCAACCUUAUUGGGUCUCACUGUGGAGUAUCUGCUGGUGAAGACGGCCCCUCCCAGAUGGCUCUGGAGGAUCUGGCCAUGUUUCGAGCCAUCCCCAACUGCACUGUUUUCUAUCCAAGUGAUGCCAUCUCAACAGAGCAUGCUGUUUUCCUGGCAGCCAAUACCAAGGGGAUGUGCUAUAUUCGCACCAGCAAACCAGAGACUGCAGUUAUUUACUCCCAACAAGAAAGCUUUGCGAUUGGACAGGCCAAGGUCAUCCGCCACAGUGUCGAUGACAAAGUUACAGUUAUUGGAGCUGGAGUUACACUGCAUGAAGCCUUAGCAGCUGCCGAAGAUCUUUCCAAGCAAGAUAUUUUCAUCCGUGUCAUUGACCUAUUUACCAUCAAACCCCUGGAUAUUGUCACCAUUAUCUCCAGUGCAAAAGCCACAGGCGGCCAUAUUAUCACAGUGGAAGAUCACUGCCCAGAAGGUGGCAUUGGGGAGGCCGUCGCUGCAGCUGUCUCCAUGGAUCCUGACAUCUCGGUUCAUCAGCUGGCAGUGCGAGGCAUACCUCGGAGUGGUAUGUCCAGUGAGCUGCUAGAUCUGUUUGGAGUCAGUGCCAGACACAUCAUAAUGGCCGUGAAAUGUAUGUUAAUGAACUAGAAUAGCUGUUGGCUCCAGAGCCAGAAGACUAGCUUCUCUAUCGUACAUUUACACUUUCUGACAAACUGUCCUUUAAAUCUAUCCUGUUGUGCUUUGUUUUGAAAAGCAAAGCGAGUUAACUACCUUCUUCCUAAGCUAUAACUACAUAUACAAGUGUAAUUCAUCUUUCAUUAGUCAUUAUAGUGUCUUAUAAGGUUAGAAAUAACAGAAGAGCUGCAAAAAAAACAACCACCUAAUGUGAAGUUUUCUGAGAAGACAACAUGUAACUGGAUUUGAGGAUCAACUAGGGUAAAUUUCGUAAAUGUGGGUAGAAGUAAAGAAAGGCAAAUUGAACCGUACCCUGUACUCACUCAGUUUUGUGACACUAUAGCACCCUGCCACACACCGCUGUCCCAGUUCGAGAGUGUGUGUGCUGCCAUCCUACCUGCAGCUUCCCGAGUCCAGUGUGACUGCAGUUGCCCUGGAAUUUUCUCCGGUGUUUGCCUCCAUCUCCCCUCUACGGCCGGGCGCAGAGGCCAUGGAGCAGCAGCGGAGGCCCUAAGAUGUCCUGUGCUGCUUGCAGGGACAAUUUCUGUGAAAAGAGGACACAACUAGUUGUGGUCUCCACACUGCACUCCUUUGUUAGGUGUCAAAUGUCUUCUCUGUCCAGUGCCCAGACCAAAUCUGAUCGCUCUAUUGUAUUCAUCUGCUAAUACUAGUUAAUGUUAAUAAAGCAUAUUCAAAAGCA